AGGCUCACUCUUCACUUCACACUUGCAUUCAGGGAGUCGCUUCGGAGCCUCCGGUUCCCCCCGCUGCGCUUGUUUGCACUGCGGUUACACCGGGGAGCAGCGCGCGUCAGCGGACUAGUACUAGAGGAGAUUACGGAGCCGCGCAUGUGAAUGGACUGAGGUUAUAAGGCACCAGGGGAGCCGUGCACGCCAGACCUGCUCUGUAGCAUCAAUAACACCUAUAUCACCGUGCAGCGGCAGCGGCAUGCAGUGAGAGGAACCCUUUCUGAUGCUCUCCCACUUCAGACAGUGAAAGAAGGUGUCGGAGGAGAGGAGGACAGGGGGGAUUUAUGGGAGAUUUGCUGGAUUUUCAUCACCCCGUCGUUGCAAACUUGUGUCCGGGAUGGGAAAGGAGCAGGAGCUGCUGGAAGCCGCCCGGACUGGGAAUGUCGCCCUGGUGGAGAAAUUGUUGAGUGGGAAGAAGGGGAUACUGGGGUCAGGCUCCGGCUCCAUCCCUCUGCCCAACCUACUGAGCAUGUGGAAGGGCCUGAAUGUCAACUGCACAGACAGCUCAGGAUACACACCUUUGCAUCAUGCUUCACUCAAUGGACACAGGGAUGUGGUACUGAAGCUGCUUCAGUUUGAAGCGUCGACAAAUGUGGCGGACAGCAAAGGUUGCUUCCCGCUGCACCUGGCUGCCUGGAGGGGAGACGUGGACAUCGUCCGUAUCCUCAUCCACCACGGACCCUCGCACUGCCGGGUCAACCAACAGAACCAUGAGAGGGAAACGGCGCUUCACUGUGCAGCUCAGUAUGGACACUCUGAGGUGGUUUCAGUGCUGCUCCAGGAACUGACUGACCCCACUAUGAGAAACAGCCAACAGGAGACACCUCUGGACCUGGCGGCGCUGUAUGGACGCCUGCAGGUGGUGCGCAUGCUGGUGAGCGCUCACCCCAACCUCAUGACCAGCCACACUCGUCGACACACUCCGCUUCACCUGGCUGCACGUAACGGGCACCACAGCACCGUCCAGACCCUGAUCGAGGCCGGCAUGGAUGUCAACUGUGUGACAGAGAAUGGCAGUGCACUCCAUGAAGCAGCUCUCUUUGGGAAGAUGGAUGUAGUUCGCCUUCUGCUUGACUCAGGGAUCGACACCAAUCUGAGAGAUAGUCAGGGGAGAACAGCUCUGGAGAUCCUGAGAGAACAUCCUGCACCGAAAUCCCAGCAGAUUACUGCUCUUAUCCAAGAGUAUAUAGUGGAUGAGAUGGAGAAGAGGAGUAUCGUGGAGGAGCCUGUUCGCAAGUGUCCCAUCCCAGCACCUCGAACCUCUGUCCCUUCGCCCUCUGCCUCCCCCUCUCUCAGACACAAGAACGAUGCUGUGACAAGUGAGCUGUCCAAACUGCUCCACGAGAUCAAAAAGUGCCGGGACAGGGACUACUCUUUCGAGGAGCUCUGCCACACCAUCUCCUCCCACUCCAUGGACAGCUUCGGGAGCGGACGGCUCUCUGAUGAGGACCGUCCAGAUCGACCCAAUGGCACCCUGACUCGAAUCAGCAAGCGGCCGACCCCGCCUCUUCCUCCAGCCAUGGAGGAAGAGGAGGCUGAAAAAAGUUGCGGCCCCACAGGAUUCUGGGAGGCCUUGACACCCUGCAAUGGAUGCCGCAACCUGGGCUUCUCCAGCCUCUCACAGGACUCAAAGCAUUCAGCGGAGAUCAUCACAUCACCGUCUCUGGAUGUUUUCCUUCCAGAGGACGAAGACAACCCGUACGAGUCUGUGACCACCGCUGUCACACGUAAACCCUGCUCACUCGACAUCAGCCAACGGCUCAACGCCUGCCCCCGCAAUGGUCACUUGUCCCAUGUAACGGUGAGUGAGGGGGAGCACGGUAACCAUGGCAACUGCUCAACGGGCCCCACUCCAGACUGCUCACCCCCCUCUCCCGACACGGCCCUGAAGAACAUCGAGAGAGUCAUCCGCCCACAGCCUAAGCAGCGUACCUCUCUGUCCUCAUCCCUGGACGUCCAGAGGCCGGUCAACCACAGCUGUGAGCCCAGUGAGGUGAGCUCAUCCCUGGGCUACGCCAGCUUCAGCACGAGCCCCCCUGCCAGCCCUCCUCUCAGCCCCAACCAGGAAGACUCCGCAGGCUCCAACGACGACUGUCAGCUCACAGACGACGGGCCGUACCAGCGAGACCCGCCUCCUCCUCCUCCUCUCUGUUCUUCCUCCACAUCAAACGCUCUGUUGGAGGAGCGAAGGAAGAGCCACAUCCCGGAGGAGUUUGCAGGCCUUCUUCAUGGAUCUUCCCCUGCCUGUGAGACCCCUGACACGCCUUACCAUCUUUACAGCUCUAAACCUCGCAAAUAUGCCUCUACAGAUGUCCAGAGCAGUUUGUUGCAAACCCCAGAGUUCAGCAUCGUGAUUGGAGGAGGACCCACUCAGGUCUUUUCCCGGACAGGGAGUGAGUUGUCACCUCAGAGGACUGCCAACGACCCCCAAAAGCCACAGGUGGUGUACCGGACUAUCUUCCACACAAGGGUAAACCAGGACCAGGCUCGACCCAAGAACUGCGAGCAGGUGGAUCCACCACGUGGAUGGUCUACACUUGACCGCCCACCCUCUUACUCCUCUGGUCAAAACAGGGAGGUUCCAGAGUCAAGGGGGAACCAGACAGUUGGUGUACACAAGGACAGUUCAUCUGAGUCUGGCUACGAAGAGAGGGCUUGCACCCUGGGGAGGAUGAGGUCCAUGCCCCGCAGUGUGUUGGACUUGCAGUUGUCCAAGUCUCUGUCCAAGUCUGAUUCCAACCUUGUAGCUGUGUCACCCAUACAGGAGGAGCAUAGCUGGGGGUCUGGAUCUCGGGGUCAGGGGCCUGGAAGUCCAAACCCAGGAGAGGGUGCCAGUCCAGGGGGACGACUGGAGAGAACGCCGUCCUUCACCGCUGAGUGGGAAGAGAUUGACAAGAUUAUGAGCUCUAUUGGGGCAGGAAUAGGCAGUGGAUUGGACAUCAAGGAGAACGCCACAGGUCCCCGCUGCCCGCUGCAGUCUGUGGGCCAGUGGCUCGACUCCAUCGGCCUGGUCCAGUAUGAGAACCACCUGCUGGCCAAUGGAUUUGACAAUGUCCAGUUUAUGGGCAGCAAUGUGGUGGAGGACCAGGACCUGCUCGAGAUUGGGAUCUUGAACUCGGCCCACAGACAACGUCUUCUUCAGGCCAUACGGCUCCUGCCCAGGGUGCGGCCUAUCGGUUACGAUGGCAAUAACCCAACGUCAGUGGCGGAGUGGCUGGACUCAUUGGAGCUCGGUGACUACACCAAGUCUUUCCUCAUCAACGGUUACACCUCCAUGGAGCUUGUCAAGAAGAUCUGGGAGAUCGAACUCAUCAAUGUAUUGAAAAUCAGUCUUAUCGGACACAGAAAACGGAUCCUGGCCUCGUUGGGGGACCGACUACACGAAGACACCCCACAGAAACCUCCGCGGGCCAUCUCCCUAAGGGAGCCCGGCGGGAACCACACUCCUCCACAGCUCAGCCCAUCGGUGGGCCAGGCAGCGUACACGGCGGGGGUCCCGGGUGGAUCUCUGGACGUGCAGCACCUCAUCAUGCAAGCGGACGCCCGGCGCAGGCAGCGCAGCAAUGACAACUACUUCGAGGACGUGCCGCGAUCCAAGCUGGAACGACAGAUGGCCCAAGUCAGCAUGGCAGGCGAGUGGUGCGAGCCAAUCACGUUGCGUCCACCCAACGAGGCCACCUCAUCCACUCCAGUGCAGUACUGGCAGCAUCAUCCCGAGAAGCUCAUCUUUCAGUCCUGUGACUAUGAAGCCUAUUACCUGGGGUCGAUGCUGGUGAAGGAGCUGAGAGGGACGGAGUCCACACAAGAUGCCUGUGCCAAAAUGAGGAAGUCGACAGAACAGAUGAAGAAGGUCCCGACCAUCGUGCUCUCCGUGUCCUACAAAGGAGUGAAGUUCAUCGACGCCACAAAUAAGAAUAUCAUUGCAGAGCAUGAGAUUCGUAAUAUCUCGUGUGCGGCUCAGGAUCCAGAGGAUCUGUCCACAUUUGCCUACAUCACCAAAGACCUCAAGUCCAGUCACCACUACUGCCACGUCUUCACUGCUUUUGAUGUGAACCUGGCAUAUGAGAUCAUCCUCACACUCGGCCAAGCCUUCGAGGUGGCCUACCAGCUGGCUCUGCAGGCCAGAAAGAGCGGCCACGGCUCGUCCACACUGCCCGAGAGCUUCGACAGCAAGCCGAGCAAACCUGUCCCCAAACCCCGCGUCAACAUCCGCAAAUCUGUCAUCAUGUCCCCCUCCAGCCGCUGGUCACUGGGUCACAUUUACACCCCUCACCGGCCUCCUCUCCACCCUUCUCUUCCUCCCCCUCGACUCUUCCAUCUUCCUCACAAAGCUCAGUCACAGAUGGAGCAGCCGUCCAUGGACCAGAAGGGCCACGCCAACGUGCCGUGGAUUGUGGAGCCGGGUCAGGAGGCCAAGAGAGGAGUCAACACCAAGGCAAUGCCGGACGCUCAUGUCUAUUACUGUGGAAUGCAAAGAAUGUAGCCAGCCCUAAACACGGACCUUGUCACACAUACAAUGCAAAAAGGACUACAAAGGACCCUCUUGCUCACUUUUCAAAGGACUACAAACGUGGACGCCACUCCAGUGUUUAUGGUUGACUACUAAAAUUCUAACAUCACUCAUCCACAUGAUGCUUGACAGUAAACAUUGGACCAAUAGACAUUUACACACACACACACACACACACACACACAAACAGGACUGCAUCUUGACAGACGACGGUCUGCUCUGAAUGUACACUUAUUUGAAAGCAGCCUCAACUUUCUGCAACUACAGCAGGAUCUGUUAUGCAGCCAGCUGGGAGGCAUUACCUUUGAACUUGGGAGGUUACAGGGCAUCCGUUGGUCCGUUGGUAGACAAUGGGCUCGCUAAAGGCACCACUGGGCAUGGGUCAGUGUUGGAAUGGGCAUGGGUUCGAGGACGUCUGGCUGGCUCUUUUGGUCUUUUUAUUUUCCUUAAAGGCAGAAAAUAAUACAGAGAUAUAUGCACAAGCGUGAAAAUGUGAUUGGACAAGCUGCAACACGCUUAAGCUGCAACAGGUGCGUCAUCAUAACAGAUGAUGAACCUAUGUGAACAAAACUGCAUCUGAUGUUAAAAAAAAAAAAGUAUUCUAUUCGUAUUGCCCGACAUUUUAAUGUUUAAUAUGAGAGUAUUAUAUUACCAUGAUGAUUAUGAUUAUUCUUGUGCAAUUCUUGUCUACUGUUGUCUUAAUGUUACAUUAUUUUUCUAUGAUAUGCUGAGAUGAAAACCUUGGGCUUGAGAAUGACGACGAUCCUUUAAAAAAAAAAAAAAAAAAAAUCUCAAACUAGAUGAUCGUACUUGUACGCAGAGAGUGAAUGUUGCAGGUGGCUAGCUAACUCUUGUCAGGUCAACCCUCCAUCAUUUCUCAUGGGGCUCUACUCUUAUCUAGCAGAUGUACUAUUUUAAACGCAGUAUUACUGUAUUAUUUGGAUGAGACAUUAUCCAAUUAUAAAAUGUACAUAGAUAUUUUGCCAACUCAUUGUUCAUACAUGUAAUGUAAAAGAGAAAAGAAUAAAGGAUUUGCAGUACAUGGCACUGGAAACAAGGUACCAAAAUAACAGUUGAAAAUAAAAAUUAAAAAAAAAAACUAAUGGUGGAUUGUAGAGAUUGUAUUUUGAGCGAAAACUGAAAUGGGUUA